CCAUGCAGCCUGCUUCUGCAAAAUGGUACGAUCGAAGGGACUAUGUCUUCAUUGAAUUUUGUGUUGAAGACAGUAAAGAAGUUAAUGUAAACUUUGAAAAAUCCAAACUUACUUUCAGUUGUCUUGGAGGAAGUGACAAUUUUAAACAUUUAAAUGAAAUCGAUCUUUUUCACUGUAUUGAUCCAAACGAUUCCAAGCAUAAAAGAACAGACAGAUCAAUUUUAUGUUGCUCACGAAAAGGAGAAUCGGGCCAGUCAUGGCCUAGGUUAACAAAAGAAAGGGCAAAGCUUAAUUGGCUCAGUGUGGGUUUCAAUAAUUGGAAAGAUUGGGAAGAUGAUUCAGAUGAAGACAUGUCUAAUUUUGAUCGUUUCUCUGAGAUGAUGAACAACAUGGGUGGUGAUGAGGAUGAAGAUUUACCAGAAGUGGAUGGAGCAGAUGAUGAUUUACAAGACAGUGAUGAUGAAAAAAUGCCGGAUCUGGAAUAAGGAGUAUUAUCAUCACCUGGAUUUUGAGAAAGAAUAUUUCUCUCCAAGAUUUCAUAAUUGAAAAUCCCUGAGUUGAUAGCUCUAAAGGCAGAUGCUGUAUUUGCCUCUUUAACGCAUUUUUCAACCUGCUUUUUUUUUUUUAAAGGCUUCACUAAGGGUUGAAAAUGUACCAUUGUAUGGGGCAACUUUAAUUCAGCUAAGGCAAUAUAUCCUUGUGCAUGAACAUUUCCCAGAUUUCAUGA